AUGUCUACGACUAUCACUUCUCCCAUGGCGGUCCACUCUGCUUUCAUGAGAAUGAACGCAGACCGCCGAUCUGGUCUGGAACUUCUCCCCAAUGAGUUGAAGUUGCUCGUCAUCAAUCAUCUCGGCCACACAGAUGUUGUCGUCCGUCUUGCUCUCACUGGUCCCACCUUCUUCGAACUCGUUGUGAGCAACCAGGAGGGCAUCGUCCGCGGAUUGAUCAACACGGCCAUCGGCCCUGAGCUACUUCCCAUCGCUGUCGCUCAUCAUCAUGUCGCGGCUGCCACCGCCAAACUCACUCGAAACGAGAAGGGCGAGCCGGUCACGGCAACCGAGGGAGUUGUGUCUCAUCUUGACGCGCUCGUUCGCCACUGCAUCACCCCCGGAGGAAUGGUGACCAAUGCGGCAUCAUUUGAGCCCACGUUCAAGUCCGCCGGCCAGCUCCUCAGAACUCAGGCAGCCGUCUCCCUCUACGCAAACUGCCUCUCCGAGCGCGCUUUGACCAAGGAGCCCAGAACUACCCGGCAUUGGUCUUCAAGGGCACCCAAGAAGCUCUCCUCUCCAUCCGUCCAGGAGAUCCACCGAUUCAGCAAGGCGCUGUAUAUACUGCAACUUGUUUGCCACAUGUUCCCCAUAGAUACCUAUCGUUCUUGGGACUCUCCAGUCCAGGGGGUGUUCGGGCACUUUUGGGUGCAAUUCGCUCCUAGGGAGCUUCAGCAAGUCCGAUGUCUGCAGACUUUCUUGGUCGGCCAUGUUGAAGAUGUCGUCAAUGAUGACGAGAACGAGCACAUGUAUUACAUAGAUACAGAGACCCUGACGAAGUUUGUCAUCAAUCGUGGCCUGGUCGACCUAUACAGCUUCGAGGCUCGGCCCAGUACUGGCGACUGCAGAAGGACGACCUGGCACACCGAAUCUGACGGUCUCUACCUACGCAACAUCGAUGGAAUUGUCAGCCUUGAUGUCACAGAAAUCCUUGACACCUUCCACGAGGAUGGCGAUACCGAUCCUCAGGACUCAUGGCUCCAUACGCUUUCUCAGGGCUUUGAGGAAGAGGAGAUCCCGAUGCUCGCUCGGGGCGCGUACAGCUGCUUCCACUGUGAGCCGGUGAUGACGAAUUGGGCGUUCGUAUUUUGGGGACGGGACAAGCUCGAGUGGCAGGCCGGAGGGCGGCUUCCAACCACCGCCGAGCUGCAAGAGGUCCUUGCUGACCAACUUGUCGAGCAACGACAGUUCUCGCGCGGUGGUUGGGGGCGUAAGACCGGCAUUGACCAUGACGACUACAUCAACUGA